GGGAGCGGCUCGGCUCGGCUCGUUGCCGUCAAGGGCUCGAUAUGGAGCUGACCGUUGACCCGUCGGAGUUGCAGCCGCUGGGGGAAUACGACUUCGAGAAGAACUUCAACGAGCGGGAAGCGAGGGAAUGGAUGCGGCAGAAUUGGCACGUGACUUUCUUUUUUGUUGUGGUUUACGUGAUCGUGAUCUUUGGAAUCCAGCGUUUCAUGAAGCAGCGGGAAGGCUUCAGCCUGCGCGCCCCACUGACCCUGUGGUCCUUCAGUCUGGCCUUGCUCAGUACCGUGGCAUCCAUUCGGCUCUGGAAGCACACGCUCUUCAUCUUCUCUACCAAGGGACUUAAGCAAACGAUGUGUAGUCAAUCCAUCUACAUCCACCCCUUGACCAAGCUUUGGAUCUUUCUAUUUGUGGUGACCAAACUCGUGGAGCUGGGAGACACCAUGUUCAUCGUUUUACGGAAGAAGCCGCUCAUCUUCCUGCACUGGUACCACCACGCUGGCACGCUGAUGAUCGCCUGGUACAGCUACAAGGAGAUGGCUGCUGGCGGCACCUGGCCCGCCGUGCUCAACUUCAGCGUCCACUCCAUCAUGUACUCCUACUACACCGUGAAGGCCACGGGCUACAGGGUGCCCCGCCUGGUCUGCAUGACCAUCACCAGCGUGCAGAUGCUGCAGAUGGUGAUGUACAUGGUAAUGAACGUCCUGCUCAUCAUCUGGAAGGACGAGAGGACGUGCCCUACCACCUGGACAUUCCUUUCCCAUUCGUGGCUGUUGUCUACCACUUUUCUGGUGCUCUUCGGCAACUACUUCUUCAAGACUUACCUGAGUGACCCGAAAUCAAAGAAGGAAUAAAACAA